AUAAGGCUGAAAAAGUACUGAUUCCACCAAAACCAAUGGAAAUGGGUUCUGCAAAUGCAAGAGUACUGAUUCACCAUCUUCCAUUUCCUUCUUCUUCCUCUCAUGAUCCUUCAACAAAUCCUAACCCUAAGCCUUCAAAGGCACUCUCAUUUUCUGACCAUUAUCGAUUACCGACCAGACGUUUGUUGCUCUUCUCCCUCCCCUUGCCCACUCCAUCCGAUUCAACCGAGAUCUUGCGAUGCUUGCAGACAACUUUGACCCUGUGAGUUCUUCUGCGAGAGAGAAGCGAGUGUUGCCAUUUUUUCGAGGAGUAUCGGAACCCGUGGAGCUUCUUGAUAGAGGCAGGGAGUUGCAAGCUCUUGGCGAUUUCAAUCAAACUCUUCUCUGCUUCACUGUGGAAAAGUCCCAUCACAAGUACCUGUCGGAGCUGCAAUUCCAACAAUUGGAGAAAGAUGCUGGGUCUGAUGUGCUUUCAUUCAAGCAAAAUGCCAUUGCUGACAGGCCAAGCAGGAAGUGCUUCCAGCAAACUGAGUGGGCCAUCAACCAUGUGCCCUGCCCCCCUGUCUUUCUAGAUCACAUGUUCAGGCUGUUAUUUGGCAUUGGAGACUUGAUCCACACAUCAUCAACGGCUGUGAUUCUGCUUCAGGUUCACUCAAUCUAAUCUGCUUUAAUGAUUUGACGAUGUAUCCUAAUAGAUUUUGCAGGCUAUAUAAUGUAAAGCAAAAGAAGAAAACAAACGGACGGCCCCAUCAAGGCUGUGAGGGAUAUAAUAUCAUUAUUACACCUUA